AUGCCCAUCUAUAGUUUCGGGCUCUACAUUGUCUUCAAAAAUAUUGCACAUCUAAAGCAAGUAUAUGCAAAACCCGAAGAUUCACAAAGUAAUAAAUUUGAUAAGAUCGGAACAGUCGUAUCCAAAAUCCUGGGCGACGAUUUUGAAAAGUUAAAGGACGAUUCAAUUCAUAGCUGCUGGAAUUCCGAUUUACUAAAAGAUCUUUACCCUGCAACGACGAAACUGCAAAAAAUGUCAAAAAAUUACGAGAGGAUGUACAAACCAUAUAUACAAAAUGUCAUCAUGUCGGCUUUUCUCAAUACAAUACUGCAUGAUGAUGUUUACCGAGUGUUUGCAAGAAACUUUUCUGCAUAUAUGGCUUCAGGGAACGAAGGAAUUCCCAUUGUUCAUAAAAUUAAGAGCCUUCAAUACGGCAGCCAUUUAUUUUCAUUAGACGAUUGGGGGAAAUUAUACAAUUCCUCAAGUAUGAUUUCAGAACUCCUGCCUUACUACGCCAGAACUGCCCAAUCGUAUAAGAGGAAGUCACGUGUAUGUAACCAUAUUGAGGAUUUUUUUGAUGAAAUAUGUUUGUCUGAAUGGAGUACCAUUGAUGAAGCUGAAAUUUUAGACGACUGCAUCGACACUUGCACCAUUUUGGAUCGAAAAUUUAUACAUAUUGUGCUUGCCGGCUCUGAGGGCUAUCCAGAUAAAAAUUUCUGUGAAUAUAAAGCAUUUAACCAAACGUGGCUAGAUCUCGUAAUAAGCAAGCAUGCUGAAUAUAAAACUAGAAGAGAUGAAGAAGGCGAUGAAAACGAGGAAUUGGCACAUUCAAUAGUAUUGCCAGCAAUAACGCUACCAAAGCAUGUAAUCAACUCCCUACAAGAAGAUCCGCGGGUUAACUACAAAGUUAAGAAAAUUAAUUAA